GGGUAGAGUCGCAGCAUGGUGCACUAUGGGCCGUUGGGACUACAAGUCCCAGAAUCCCGCGGCGGGUCCCUAUCGGCUCUGGAUUGUUGUUUCUGUCAUGGGGGAAGUUUACCGGUGCGGGCCUGGAGGAUACCGUGUGUCCGCUGUAAAGGAGCAAGGAUUAGUUGUUGUCAGAGGCGACCUACAGUGUUGAGACAUUGCUUGAUCAUAGCUGCAAGUUGCAAUAUGGACAGGAUUCCAGUGUCAACCGUAGAACUGAUCUGCUUGGGGUCUAGCUUUGCAUUUUCUGGGUUGUUUUACUACUUGUAUAGAAGGAAAAGAACAACAGUGGAAGUGCUGAAGGAAGCCCCACAAUUUCAAAUCAACAAGCAGUUGGUGGAAUUUCUUAAAGCCACUCCAGGAAAAUGUGUGCAGUAUGCUGUUGUAGAAGGAAUUACUCGACCAGUUGGAGAGAGAUUACGUAGCCAUUAUCAAGAUGACUGCACAGGUGUAAUGCAAAGGCUUAUUUUGAAAGAACACAAACUGAUUUGGAAUAACUUGGCCAGAAGUUGGAGCGAUAGUGAACGUAUUAUACAUGAAAGAGUGAAUGUCGUGCCCUUUGACCUGAUUUCUCCUGAAGGAGGAAAAUGUGCGGUUCGUGUAAUCAACCCUUUGGAAGCAUCAGGACCACAGUUUGAAACGAUAUAUGAACGGUUUCACCAAGCCACGCAAGGCUUCACUGAUAUCAUUGGGCACUACCUGAGUGGCGAAAAGCCCAAAGGUUUCUUGGAAACUGAAGAGAUAGUCCGUGUCGGGGCCACUUUGACAGGGAUUGGAGAGCUUGUUUUAGAUUCUGACAAGAUAAUCAAACUGCAGCCCCCUAAAGAUGGUCUGGAAUAUUUCCUAAGUACCAUGGAUUUCCCUAGCAUCCUGAAACAGCAGGAAUCAAGUGUCAAACUUUGGAAGGUGUUUACGACCAUCUGCACUCUGACUGGUGUUGCUGUAAUCAUGGUGGUCCUGCACAGGAUGUACCGGGAGUUCAAUGAAAAACAGGAACGGGAAGAAAUGAGGAGGAGUUACGAACGGUUUAAAGAAAGUAGACAUGCCGCUGGGGUGACAUCAGUUGGUGAUGAAGAUGAUAUUCCAGCAAAUGCUUGUGUGAUUUGUCUUUCUAAACCACGGGAAUGUGUCUUCUUGACCUGUGGACACGUUUGUUGUUGUUAUGAUUGUCAUCGAGCACUCCCCACACCAAUUUGCCCAAUUUGUAGAAGUUCCAUAGUCAGAAUAGUUCCCCUUUACCAAGCAUGAAUGUAUUUCGUACAGCCCAAGCAAAUCGAUCAAGUGCCUUUUAACUGCAGUCCUGUAAUCAGAACGUCAGGCUGCUGUGUUUUGUGCAGUGGUUCCCAACACCAUAUCCUCAUUGUAGUAGUGUGUUAAUGUCCAAGGCUCCUCUGCAUUAGUCAUUGUGACCAGCCUGGCACAAGGGUUUCUCAAUAUGUGAUCCUACCUACUCUGGCUGUACUUUGCUGAUUUUUUUUUUUUUCAAUUGGAACAUACUUUUGGUACUCUUCACAAAACAUCACAAGAAAGAUCUAAUCAAGUCAGUUAAUCUGGAGUGAUAAUGAUGCUAGUUGAACAUUUUGACAAGGCAGUCUUGUCUCCUAGCCAUGGAAUAAAUUAGAAACAAUUAACAUAACCAGCUAGUACUUUGCCAUAUUUCAUCGUGUUACCUCACCGUUGCAUGUUUACUUUAAAAAGCAAACAUGCAUAUUGCAGAAUUCUGGAGUUACUUUCUCUUGGGGUGCAGAUUGCAUUUAUUUCAUUUAGUGAAUAUUCUUAACCAAUUAAAUAUUUUCAUUGAUAUUAAGCACUGUAGAACCCACAAGUGAAACUGGAUUAAACUGGUGUUUUAGUUUCACAGUUCAUCCUAAUUUUUUUUUUGCAAGAUAGGAAUGGUAGUGGUAAACCCAAUAGCUUGGUAUUUAGUACCAUCAGAGCUGGGCAUCUCCAAUUCAUGACCUCUGAUACAUAAAAUGAAAAUUGUCAUUCAAGUACUUUUAUUUGCAAAAAAAUUGGCAAUUUCCUAUGUCUGUGAUUUGCUUUCUACUUUACAGAAGUAAAGUGCAUUUCACUGGUAGUAGGACUGUUGCGUUAACACUGAAUAAAGCAAUCUUAGCUGUUGAGGGGGGGGGGGGGGCGGGGGGGGGGGACAUAAAUGCAAUGAAAGAAACGUAUUUGAAGGGAAUGGAAUCCAAAAGAAUAAGGAAAAUCUGAUGAAGAUUAGACAGAAAAGUGAUCUUUUAUAAAAGACUAUAAAGCUCCCUUAGUAAUUUUAUACUUGUCCUUUUAAGUGUUACGCUUACAAGGUCAUUGCAACAGUGUGCGCACAGUUCUUUACCUCACCAAAGAUUGCUCCUACAAUUGCUGGUGGCUCAUUUGCAUUUGUUUCUGACAACUCAAUUGAUAAUUUAUUAAAGGAACUUAACAGAAACCAACAAAUCCUUCCCAAUAAAAUAACCUUUCAGAGCUGAAA